AUGUCCGCCGAAGAAGAGGAAAACGCCGCUGAGCUCAAAAUCCCUGAUGAAUUUCUCAAAGCCAAGUGUCUAAUGAACUCGGAAGUUGCCCUAAUUCUUGAGCACAAGUACGAUCAGCUUCAGCAUACGAUGGAUGAUCCGUUGAAUCAAAUGUCACAGGUUUUUGAGAAGUCUCUCCAAUAUGUGAAGCGAUUCAGCCGAUAUAAGAAUAAUGACGCUGUCAGACAAGUUCGAGAAAUUCUGAGUAGAUAUCAGCUGGCUGAAUUUGAGCUCUGUGUGCUCGGGAACCUUUGUCCAGAAACUGUUGAGGAAGCCAUAGCCAUGGUCCCAUCCAUCAAGACUAGAGGACGGGCACAUGACGAUGAGGCGAUUGAGAAAAUGCUGCAUGACCUCGCUCUCAUCAAGAAGUUUGAGUAA